AUGCCUGCAGCUGGGGCCCGCGCCGCCGCGGCGGCGAGGUGCGGGGCCCGGGUCGUCGGCGCCAAGUUCGCGUGGCUCGAUGGCCCCGUCGCCAUGCCCGCAGACGUGGCCUGCCUGAAGGUCUCGCCGGCGUUCCUGGCGCGGCUUACCGAAAGCUGUGCGGAGGACGAGUUGAUCGAGUUUUUCGAUUCAGCGCCGCGCAGCCAGACCUGCUCGAGCUGCUCUGUCGACGGGCAGAUCGACGGGGGGAGGUGCUCCGCCGCCGACGAGCACGAGGGCGGGGGCAUGGGAGACGACGAGGUCGACGCAGCUGGCGAGGCUGCCGCGCAGGGGCGGGCAGGGCCCGCGCCAGCCGCCCACCCCGCGGAAGGCGGCCGCGCGGGGCGCGCGGCGAGGCAGGGGCCUGCCGCGAGCACUGCCAAGAGAGCCGCAACCCCGCGGCGCGCCGACGUGUCGCGCGACGAUCUGCACAGCGUCUUUGGGAGCUUCAAGCGCGACCUGCUGGACGCCAUCGGCGGCCAACUGAAGGGCCCCUCGAUCCGAAUCGAGCAGGUCGAGGAGACGAGCGCGUGCAGUGAUUUGAUCAGUCUCUCCGUCUCCAUCGCAGGCCCAGGACUGCGCCUGGCCAGCGCGUCCUCGGAAGAGGUACUUAUCCUCGCUCCGAUCGAUGUGACCUGUGAGAGCGACGGGCGUGCCUUCCGCGAUAGGUUCACGACCACCCUUCGGCGAACGAGCGCCUGGUGCACGAACUUCGACAUGCUCGCGGCCGUGUCCUCGUCGCCGCCCGAUUGCAAGAUCACGGACGCGAUGCCUGCCAGCUCCGCGCCCGAGCUGGAGAAGCGGCUGGCGCUCGCGGCCUUCCUGGCCUCCACGGGCUCGUGGCCCCCCGAGACGGUCCUGCCGCCCCUGGAUGGCCUGCUCCCCGCCGCGCAGGCCUUCGCCAGGCAGAAGUACCCGCAGUACCGGGGCGCCUUCCAGGGGCGCCUCGCGGAGGCGCUGCGGCCGGGCGCCGGCCGGGAGGACGCGGCGGGCGCGCUGGCGGCGGCCGCGGCCGCGCGCGUGGCGGGGCUGCCGCAGCUGGCCGAGGUGUGCGCGCAGCUCGAGAAGGCCGAGGCCGUGGAGGACUACCCCCCGACGCCGCCGCCGCCGCCGCGGCGGUGA